UUUAAUGGUACAAGAGUUAGUGUUCCAAGGUGAUCCAACGAGGUAGGGUAUACACUCGGUGCUCCCACACUUGCCUUUGAAUUAAAAGGCUACUGCUGGUGCAAUAGGCUUGAUCUGAGACUGCGUAGCAGGAAGGGGGGGGGGCGAUGAUCCCCUAAACCUACAUACACUGGUUUACAAUGUAACAUGGGGGCACGCUGAACAUCGCGUUGGAAGAUAAUGGACAGUAACUGCGGAAAGUAUGACUUCUCAGUGUUGUGCAGACACUGUGACAAUGAGUGUUCAGAUGCUGUUCCCUGCCAACUUACAGGAACCUUGCCGGAGUGGCUGAAGGGCCAGCUUAUCUAUAAUGGCCCAGGUCUAACCAAAGUUGGGAAAAACGAAUUUUGCCAUGCUUUUGAUGCCUCUGCAUUGCUGCAGAAGUUUGAGAUUUCUAAUGGAAUGGUAAAAUACAGUAGCCGUUUUGUGCGCUCUAAGACUUAUGAACAAAAUCAAGCUGCUGGCACAAUCACACGUGCAGAGUUUGGCACCCCUGCCCCAGCCUCGAAGGGAAUGUUUUCAAGGCUUCUGGAUGCUAUGGAUCCUGAAAAGAUGUUUUCUGACAAUGCACUAGUGUCGGUCAUUGGUAUUGGCGAGCACCACUUUGCAAUGUGUGAGACGCCAUUCAUGCUGCAAAUCAACCCAGACAAUCUUGACACAAAAGAAAGAAUAAAUGUCAACAAGAGGUAUGGUUUGAUGACACAAAGCCCUCAUCCCAUUGUAGCAAGUGAUGGAGUGUAUACUGUUGGUCAGGGUGUAGGUGUGACUGGACCCAAGUAUAACAUUCUUCGGUUUCCCCUUGAUGGAAAUUUAAAAGAAGGCAAGAUUGUGGCUUCUGUACCAGCACGCUGGAGAUUGUCUCCAGCAUACAUGCACUCGAUGGCUAUGACUGAAAAUUAUGCUGUGCUUAUUGAACAACCAUUAGCGGUCUCUCUUUCAGAGCUAUUGAGCGAUAUAGUCAGCAAUGCUCCAUUCAUUGCUGGUCUGAAGUGGCACAAUGAACCAGUGCUUAUCCACAUAGUUGACAGAAAAACAUGGAAACAGGUGAAAACAAGGUAUGUUGCAGACCCUUUCUUCUUCAUGCACAUAGCGAAUGCCUAUGAGGAUGGUGAACACAUUGUUCUUGAUGUGCCAACCUACAAGGACUCUUCAAUCUUGCAUAAUAUGUUCAUUAAUACCCUAAGAGAACAGCGAGGGAAGAACACUCAAGACUACGUAGAUUCCUUUAAGUCAACAUUACACAGAUUUGUUAUACCUCUCAAUACCAAAGGAAAGGACAAGUUGAUCACACUGCCAGGAACUUCUUGCACAGCUUCAUGGUCUGGUAAUGAGAUAUUACUACAAAGAGAGAAGCUGACACAGAUUCCUCUUGAAAACCCAUGCAUAAACCCAAAGAAGAGGGCCUUAAAGCACCAGUAUCUCUGGGCUAUGGGCCCAGACCCCAAUGGAGGAGAUUCUGGUUUUGUUAUGAAACUGGACAUUGCCUCUGGAGAAAAAUUCAUGUUUAUGGAGGACAACAUAUAUUGUGCUGCACCUGAAUUUGUAGCAAAGCCAGAGGCUACUAAUGAAGAUGAUGGAGUCAUCCUGCUGCAAUGUAUAAACUCUCAGGAUGAAAACAAAGCAUAUCUUCUGGUUCUUAAUGCAUCAGAUAUGACUGAAAUAUGUCGAGCAUCAGUGACCACUGCAUCUGCUGUUCCAAUGCCUCUUCAUGGCCACUACAUUCCUGUCACUGGACAGUAAGCAGUUUGUACUUGGCCAGCAGUGGUUUCUACAAGCUAAGGCACUGCCUAAGAGAUUAUGUACCAAUAUUCACAUUUAUUUUUGUCACGUUAGCACUUUUAAUCUUUUACUUAUUGUGCCAAAUAUUGUACGUGUUAAUAUGAUAAAUGAUUUUGUUGCUGGUUAGGAGCAGUAAAGCUAAAGAUCAGUCUUGAUUGUAAUUUUAGUACAAUAUAUUUUUGUAACCUAAAAGUUUUGGGCUCUUAGCAAAUUAGGGAAGUGAAAAAAAAUCCUUGACAGGUUUUAAACUGUAAAGUUAUAGAUUGAUAUUUUGUGUAGCAUUUUCAAGAAGUAACUUAAUUUUGUGUAUCAGUUUGUAUAUAUCUAUUGUGUGGAGGCUAUUUCUGUAUACUGGUAGCUUUAAUAUAAAUAUAAAGAGAAUAUCCAAUAA